GAAUACUUCCUUCCGGAGUGAACAUGUCGACUGCUCAAAUUUUGGAAUCACAUUUAUUUUGUUUUUAUUAUUGUUACUGUUAAGCUACAACGUGAACAAGAAUAUAGCCUAGGAUAAAUGUAUGUGAACUAGGAAGCCAUAACAACUUGGAGGAGACGUUUAUUAAACGUGAUUGUGGGGAUUUAAUAUUUUGCAACAUGAAGUACUUUUCGUUUGAUGUGUACAUGCAGAUCUAUUCCAGUUCUAACUACAUCCAUUUUGUGAGGGACUUGUUUCUCAUUGCGGUGGUAUUAUUUGACUGCUGUGUUGCCGGGGGUGAUGAUUAUUAUGAGCUCCUUGGUGUGCCGAGGUCAGCCUCAAGCAAAGACAUUAGAAAAGCAUUCAAGCAGAUGGCUGUAAAACACCACCCAGACAAGAACAAGGAUGAUCCCAAAGCCCACGAAAAGUUUUUAAAAUACAGCCGCGCAUACGAGGUUUUAAAAGAUGAAGACUUGCGUAAGAAGUACGACAAGUAUGGGGAGGAUGGACUGAAGGACGACCACGAGCAGGGCCGGCACUAUGAGAGCUGGCAGUGGUACCAGGAGAACUUCGGUAUCUAUGACGACGACCCAGAGAUUAUCACACUGAGCAGGUCAGAUUUUGGUUUUUCUCCAGAACAAGGGGGACAGUUGACCCCCUCCCCCUGCCCCCUGUUGCCAGAUGAAUGCCGGAUAUGGUAUCAGUGUGGAUACACAUAUGUCAGCUGUUUGUCCAGUAUCAGUGUGGAUACACAGAUGUCAGCUGUUUGUCCAGUAUCAGUGUGGAUACACAAAUGUCAGCUGUUUGUCCAGUAUCAGUGUGGAUACACAAAUGUUAGCUGUUUGUCCAGUAUCAUUGUGGAUGCACAAAUGUUAGCUGUUUGUCCAGUGACGUAUCAGUGUGGAUACACAAAUGUUAGCUGUUUGUCCAGUAUCAGUGUUAGCUGUUUGUCCAGUAUCAGUGUGGAUACACAGAUGUUAGCUGUUUGUCCAGUAUCAGUGUGGAUACACAAAUGUUAUCUGUUUGUCCAGUAUCAGUGUGGAUACACAGAUGUUAGCUGUUUGUCCAGUAUCAGUGUGGAUACACAUAUCGCGCUUAAAGAGAUCAGGAUCGUUAUGUUGGGAAAACCUGGCAGCGGGAAAAGCACUACAGGAAAUUCUAUAUUGGGAUCUAAUGACUUUAAGAACAGUUGUUCGUCUAAAGGUCAAGCAAGAAAAUGUUCCAAGGCCAGAAGGGAACACGACGACAGGAGCGUCACAGCGGUUGAUACCCUCGGUUUUUGUGAUACUAGGAGAAGUGAAAGCGACAUUGCGAACGAAUGGUGUCCUCCUUGUAUGAGGUUACUGCCGGAAUUUAGAAAAGCUGCAAAGUCGUUUGGUGAACGAGUCAACUUUGGCACCGUCGACUGCACGAUCCACAGGAACCUGUGCAAUGUUUACAACAUCCAUUCAUACCCGACGACUAUUAUGUACAACCAGAGUACGCCACAUCACUAUCAGGGACACCACAGUGCCGACCACAUUGUCGAGUUUCUUAAGGACACUCUCAGUCCGCCGGUGCUGUCUCUCAACAUGGCCAGUUUCGGUCGGGAGGUCGUUGAUAAAAACGUGGAUGAUGUCUGGCUCAUCGACUUCUACGCGCCGUGGUGCGGGCCGUGUCAGCAGCUAGCCCCAGAGUGGAGCAGACUCGCCAAGAUGGUGAAGAACACGAAGAACAUCCAUGUGGCCAAGGUUGACUGUGUGCAGAACCACGACCUGUGUGCGCAGCAGAACGUCAACUCAUACCCCAGCAUGCGACUCUACCCCUCUGGCUCGACAGGAACUGGCACAUUCUUCGUCUACAAUGGAUGGCACCGAGAUGCCCAUGCUCUGCGUGCUUGGGCCUACGAGUUCCUGCCGAGUAAAGUGCACGCACUGACGUCAAGCGAUUUCCAAACGAUUCUGCAUGGACGAGAGCCGUGGAUUGUCGACUUCUACGCACCGUGGUGUGAUCACUGUCAGGUGUUCCGGCCUGAGUUUGAGCGGGUUGCGGAGAACAUAGAAGGAAUAGCGAAAGCUGGUAAAGUAAACUGUGAUGAGGAGCAGUGGGCUUGUCAGCAGGCUGGGAUCCGCGCCUUCCCCUCUGUGCGCUUCUACUCUGGUACUCACAGUGACCAAUCACCACAGGAUGCGUAUGGGUGGGAUAUCAACAGUCAGAAUGCAGAGGCCAUCAUCAGUUAUGUAAAAACGAAUUCCCAGAAAAAGAUCAAACAGUCGGGCGACCACGAUGAAUUGUGAUGAAGAGCUGCAGUAGGAAACGUCCGUGGUCUUCACGGUUACAGGAAUAUUUCUCUCACGUCAUACUGUCUUUCAUCUACAAGAGACGUCGUCGCUCUCGCACCUGUCUCAGUUUUAGUCCAAGCAGAAGUUACAGAUGGGAAAAAGUGAAGUGUGGACGUCUUGGACAUGUGUACUUCGGUUUUACCAACUUAGACGCUAUUUCCGCAAAUCAUUUCUUUCUGCCACAGUUCAUGGGUUUGUGGUUUGUGUAGAAAACAUUUUGUUUGUUAAAAAAUUUGAUUUGUGACAGAUGCACCACAGACACUAUUUCCGCAAAUCAUUUCUUUCUGCCACAGUUUAUGGGUUUGUGGUUUGUGUAGAAAACAUUUUGUUUGUUAAAUUUUAUUUGUGACAGAUGCACCACAGACACUAUUUCUGCAAAUCAUUUCUUUCUGCAAACAGUUCAUGAGUUUGUGGGUUGUGCAUGUAGGGAACAUUUUGUUUGUUAAAAUUUUGAAUUUGUCACAGAUGCUAAUCCUUUGAACAUUUAUCAGCAACUUUCCAUUUUAUUGCCUAUACCGCAUACGAGAGCUAUCAGCUGAGCCAUAAAUUACUGGAGACUUUUUGCUCUGUUGAUAGCUAGCUCUCGUGUACUGACAAUUCUGCUGAGUUUUUCGCCUUGUGUGGUCAUGAGGAAAAUAUACAGGUAGAUUGUGUUUGUUAUUUUGGGCCACGUGUGGGGAAAAACAUUACCAUGUGUGGGCUAUGUAAACUGAGCUGAAUUCACUGACUGACCAAUGGAAACCGGAAAAUUGCGUCAGAGUGACGUCAUCGUGACAGUCAUAAGAAAACUAACCCAGCACUUAGCUCAUCAUGUGCGGUGGAAUUGUUAUGAGCGUCAGCUGAGCAAAACAUCUCCAGUAACCUUUUUGCUCAGCCAGUAGCUCUUGUCUGCGGUUUUAACGUUUUGAUAUUGAGUGACUGUCUCUGGAAGCUGUACAUUGAACUGCAAUGCGAUAUCAACAAAAUGUCGUAAGUGCCUUUCAGGGAGGUUAUAGUACAAGCAAAAUGUGUUUUCAGUGAGUGUAAGCUACAAGUUAGUUCUUCAGUGAGUGUGAGCUACAAGUUAGUUCACCAGUGAGUGUAAGAUACAAGUUAGUUCUCCAGUGAGUGUAAGAUACAAGUUAGUUCUCCAGUGAGUGUAAGAUACAAGUUAGUUCUCCAGUGAGUGUAAGAUACAAGUUAGUUCUCCAGUGAGUGUAAGAUACAAGUUAGUUCUCCAGUGAGUGUAAGAUACAAGUUAGUUCUCCAGUGAGUGUAAGCUACAAGUUAGUUCACCAGUGAGUGUAAGAUACAAGUUAGUUCUCCAGUGAGUGUAAGAUACA